AUGCAAAAACUAAACACCUACGAGGCAACUCCUUGGGUAGCAGGAUAUCAAUGUUGUAUAGUGAUAUAUACUUUCAUAAGUUUUGGACUUAUUUUGGUUUCUGUAUUCAAUUAAUCAAUACUCAUGGAUUCUGUAUAUUAAAAUGAUAUAUUAUCAAGGCACCACAAUUUUACUCAGAUUGGGAUAAUAAGUUUAUAGAAGAUUUAAAGAUCUAAAAUACUUGUGAUGAAGGUUAUAUUAAUAUGUUAAAUUUCACAUGGCCUGGUACAGAACUUGGAUGUGAUUGUACAUAAUCAAAUGGAACAGGGAAAUACAAAUAUACAAAGUAAAAAUUUAAAAAAUAAAAAAGUUAUUAUUAUAUGGAAUGUAGUGAGUUUAUGCUAGCUGAAAAUUGUUAACCUGUAGAACCAAUAUAUGAAAAGUAAUUCUAACAUUGGCCUUUUAUUGAUCAAACUUCAGUUAAAUGUGAUUUAUUUUGAUUUAACUUAAGCUUUCAAAUUAUGUGCAAAGUAGAGUACUUCUACAGCAAUUGAAUCAUUUUAAAUUGGUGAGGCUAAUGAAGGAUACAAAAAAUGUGGUAAUGUUUUCCAAAUUCCAUCUAAUGAAUUAUGUCCAAUCAAUGAUUUUACCAUUUCAACAGAUUAAAAUGGAGAGGCAAUAGGAACUACUGGGUUAUAUUUGAAAAUUUUCAGAGUUCAAUAAGAUGAAUUACCAUUAACAGGAUUUACAAUAGGAUUUAGUAAUUAAAUUAUUCAACUUAUAAUAGAUUCAAUAUGUUAUUCAAUUUCAGAUAUUUAUUAGUUUUAGUAUUUAGAUAAGAUGAUAAAUUAUCAUUGUUAUGAUAAUGAUGAAAGAUAUGUACGUUUAACAAAUGAUAUGACAUAUAGUGAUUUAUUAAUGGUAAAUGAAGUAUAAGAAGAGUAUAAUUAAUUAUAUAAAAAUUCAGUUAUUGAAAAUAGAAGUAAUAUUUAAAAUAAUUGUAGAUGUUAAUUUAUUUUACAGAUACCUAACUCAAUUUUAUUACAAUUCAUCAGAAUUGUGUUAGGCUGAAGAUCUAGAAUUUAUUUAUGAUUUAAAUUCAUAUAUCAAUGAUAAUGUAAUGGAUGUUUAAUUAGCUGCUUAAGUAAUUGUAGGAAUUUAAGCAGGAAUGUUUGGAUUCUUAAUUCCAUUAAUAUCAGCAAUAUCUUUGGUGGGAUGUAAUUUUAAAUAUGCAAGUUUGAAUAGAAAAAGUUCACUUUAUAAAGAUUUAUUUGGAUUUUGGUUAGGAGUCAAGAUGAUAGGUGAGAUCCUGUGCACUAUUAUCUUGGCUUCUGAUAUGGGAUACUAAUAAUAAAUGAUGGAUCACUUCUAUGAUUUUAUAAAUGCUGAUUGUUCUGAUAAAUUCUCUUUACAAGAAAUGAGUGAUUUCUAUAACGAGUACGAAAUCAAAGUUUACAAUUAUGUUCUUUUAAAUUUCAUCCUCUGUAUUAUUACUAAUGUCCUUGAUUUUUAUGUCACUUAUCUUAUGUGUAGAGACAAACAUAAUGAUGGAAUCUUUUUAAAGAAGAGUACAAAUUCUCACCUUAAGAAUUUCACUUCAACUCAUCCUGAAGAAUUACUUAAUAGAACAAAGGUUCAACCAUAAUCAGAAAUUAAAUUAUAGAAUUAAUAGAAUAGAUAAUUUGAUGAUGUUGAAAUACCAGGUGAUGAUAUGCCUAGACCACAUAAACCUGAAAAUUGA